AUGUACAUUCACGUGAGCAGGACCCGUGGUCCCAUCGGCCCUGGCAAGUAUGGCUACGGGAAGGCCCCGUACAUCUUACCACUGCAGACGGACUCCGCACACUUGCCACAGAGGCUUCGGAGGCAGAGGCCCCCGUCCCGGCAUUCCAGGGCCCAGGUGGCAUCCGGUCCUAGCCACGGCUACGGCCCACCAGCCCACCGGGCUCCCCAGCAAGGGCCUCUGUACCAGAGUGACGGUGGCCCUCGUUCUGGACUGCAGACCUCCGAGGCCUCCCUCUACCAGCGGCCCUUGACCCACGACCAAGGCUUUCCCGCAGCUUCCAGUCUCUUCCAGGGCCCGGAAACCAGCAGCAACCACGGCAUGGGGGCCCCCAGGGCAGCUCAGAGCUUCUCCCAGCCCGCCCGGUCCGCAGCCAUCUCCUGCAUUGGAGCCUAUCGGCAGUACAAGCUAUGCAACACCAACGUGUGUCCAGAAAGCAGUAGAAGCAUCCGGGAGGUCCAGUGUGCAUCCUACAACAACAAGCCGUUCAUGGGCCGCUUCUAUGAAUGGGAACCAUUUGCAGAAG